AUGGCGACAACCCCUUCCUCACCGGGCAUCCCGAGGUCAGGCUCGGCCUCGCCUGCUCCAGCAACCAUCCCGGACCGUCCAGCCUCUCCCGAGAUACCUCUCACCAUGUCCGCCUCAGCUAUCCUGACGGCUCAACCACGCGACGUGGCCUCCGCCCUGGCUAGUGCCGGCGAGUACUCGUCGGAGAAGGUCGUCGUCAAGUUCAAGGCUGUCGGGAACGCUCCUUCCCUCACCCGGGGCGUGGCCAAGAUCUCCUCCACCCAGACAUUUCAUACCGUCAUCUGGUAUCUGCGCAAAAGGCUCAAGCUCCAAGAGACAGACAGCGUCUUUUGCUACGUUAAUGACUCUUUCGCACCCUCUCUCGACGAGAUCGUUGGCAACCUGCAUAAUUGUUUCAAAGACUCAAGCGGCCAGCUUGUUAUUUCUUACGCCAUGAAUCCGGCCUUUGGCUGA